AUGGAUGCUCACGGUGGCAUUGAAGAUGAUGACCAGAAGCUGCUACAGUCAGCGCUUUCCGACGCUUUCAAUGUCCCCCCACUUGCUACGGAACGCGUAGAAUCCGCACCCGCGCCGCAGCCUAAGGUCGCGACAGAAGAGCCAAGCGCGGAUACCAGUAGCUCCAGCUCAGAUAACGAUGCAUGGAAACAUGAAUACGAGUCUCAGGUGGAAACAUGGCGAGAGCAGUCUGCGCUAGCCCGCGAACGGGCUGAGAAGGAGCGAGCUCGUUGGGAGGCGCUACGCGCUACGGAACAACAAGACCUAGCACGGCGAGGUCUUGAGCAAAAGCAGCCACUGGUUGAAGCCCCCUCCGUGACAUUCACGUCUUCUUUUGAUUCACCAAGCCCAGCCGAUUCUCGUGACCUCGUUGCAGGAGAAUCUCAGAAGCAGGCUGCCCCACUAGCUGCUCCGCCUAGUGGUCUCGCACAUGCUUCAGUCACCUCGCGCACAGACAACCCAGAGAAGUGGGAAGAUAUCCCCUCCUCCUUGACUUCGUCGUUUCCAUCCAUGUCGUUUCCGGAACAUACCGAGACGCCUUCACCGACAAGCAAACCACAACCGGAAGCCACAAAAAUCAACCCACCUUCAGCCACAGUUUCUGUGUUUGAUACUUCCCUUUCGACGCAAACGCGUGCCAAAGCCUUGUUCGCCGCCGUCGCUAUCAACCUACUAUUGCCGUUUGUGAAUGGCGUGAUGCUCGGUUUUGGGGAAAUAUUUGCGAAGAACGUGGUUCUCCAGUGGUUUGGUUGGAAUAAGCCUGCGAGGACAGGACGAGUAGCUACUGCGGUUGGGCUGGGGUUGUCAAAGCCAUUUGAUAUAUCUGCCAGAAAGGACCAAUCUGGCGGUAAAUAG